CUUACUAUAUACAUAAUUAUUAUAUAUAUUUGAAUAUAAUAUAUUUAAAAAAAAAAAUUAUGGCUGGAGGACAUAAUAGUCGCUUUAAUGUAUGCAAUUCAAAUAUGAAAUACAAUUGUGCUACACAACCUCCAAAUAUAGAUAACCCAACUUAUUUAGACGCCUAUCGUCGAUCAAUUGAAACACCAGAAGAUUUUUGGGGUGAAGUUGGACAAUCACUUGAUUGGUAUAAAACAUGGGAAAAAGUUUUAGAUAACUCAAUGGAACCAUUUACAAAAUGGUAUGUUGGCGGCUAUCUAAAUGCUUGUUAUAAUACAAUAGAUAGGCAUAUUUUAAAUGGCAAAGGAGACAAAGUAGCUUUAAUUCAUGAUAGUCCAUUGACAAAUACUAUAAGACACGUUACUUAUAAUGAACUUUAUGAAACUACUUCACGGUUAGCUGGUGGCUUAAGGCAACUUGGUGUUGAAAAAGGUGAUCGCGUUAUAAUUUAUAUGCCUUUAAUACCGGAAGCAGUUAUGGCAGUACUAGCAACAGCACGUCUUGGUGGAAUUCAUUCUGUUGUUUUUGGAGGUUUUGCUGCUAGUGAACUAUGUACACGUAUUGAACAUGCCAAACCGAAAGUUGUAAUUGCUGCCACUUGUGGUGUAGAACCAAAUAAAGUUGUCAAAUACUUAGAUAUGUUGCAUAGUGCUAUUGCAAUGUCUACAUGGAAACCAGUAUGUAGAGUUAUUUUUGAACGGAACAAUGUUUUAAGUGUAAGCUUAGAUUGUAAAAAAGACGUUUCAUGGAAUACCGUAUUGCAAUUAGGAAGUUUAGCAGAGAGAUGUGAAUGUGUUCCAGUUGAAGCAAAUGAUCCGUUAUACAUUUUGUAUACAUCUGGUACGACUGACAAACCUAAAGGUGUUCAGAGACCAAUUGGCGGUCAUCUUGCUGUAUUAUCUUAUUCUAUGAAAAUGAUUUAUGGUAUUACAAGUAAUGAUGUGUGGUGGACAGCCUCAGAUUUGGGAUGGGUAGUUGGUCUUUCAUAUAUUUGUUAUGCACCUUUACUUAUUGGAGCAACAUCUGUAAUGUAUGAAGGAAAACCAGACAGAACACCAGAUCCAGGACAAUAUUUUAGAAUAAUUGAUCAACAUAAGGUUUCAGCUGCAUUUUCAGUACCAACAGCUUUUCGUGUUAUAAGGCGAGUAGACCCAGAAGUUAAAUAUGGCAAAAAAUAUUGUUUAGAUUCAUUGCGAACGAUUUUUAUUGCGGGUGAACAAUGCGAUAUUGAAACGAAAAAUUGGAUUGAAAGAACAUUUAAAGUUCCUGCUUUAAAUAAUUGGUGGCAAACGGAAACUGGCUCUGCAAUAACAGCGAGUUGCGUUGGUUUUGGACAUAGCAUGUAUCCACCAAAAUACACAACCGGCUUACCUUUUAUGGGAUAUCAAAUUGAAGUUUUCAAUCAAGAUGGUAUGCAAACUGAAUCUGCAGAAUUAGGAAGAAUUGUUAUUAAAUUACCAUUACCACCUGGUAACAUGUCAACACUUUAUAAAAACGAUGAACUUUUCAAGCAAAUUUAUUUCCAAAAGUUUCCUGGUUACUAUGAUACCAUGGAUGCUGGAUAUAAGGACCAAAAUGGUUAUGUUUACAUUGUUGCUAGAGAUGAUGAUGUGAUUAAUGUAGCUGGACAUAGAAUUGCAACUUCAAGCUUGGAAGAUGCAGUUUUGCGUCAUCAUGAUAUCGCAGAUGCGGCAGUAUUUGGGGUACCUGAACCUACGAAAGGUCAGGUUCCCUUAUGUUUAUUUGUUGUUAAAGAAGGAACAAAAAAAGAAGCUACAAAAAUUUCAUCAGAAAUCAUCAAAAUAAUACGUGAUGUAAUUGGGCCAAUCGCAUCUUUUCGUUUGGCUGCUAAAGUUGAAGGUUUACCCAGAACUAGAUCAGGUAAAACAAUGCGCAAAGCCAUGGCCGAUUUCGCCAAAAAUGAAGAAGUUACUUUGCCAGCUACAAUAGAAGACCCUACCGUAUUUUCAGAUAUAAGAAGAGCUCUUCAAGAAUUAGGGUAUGCUAUGACGGCUCCAAAUCCAAUAUUAGCUGAAUGAUUUACUUAUAAUUCUGCACUUUUAUUUUUUAGAUUAAAUUUUAAGAAAUUAUAUUUAAAUUAUUUUAGUAUUCAGAUGAAAUAGAAAUAAACAUGUUACUAUUAUUUA